GCGAAAAUAGGAAGCACGUUCUCUUACAGCUGCUUUUUACUCCAAACGGCGCCGUUUCCCUUUGGCGGGUGAAAGCGUCGUGGCUGAUUUGGGGGAAUCAUGCCGAUGAAGAAGCUCUAGGUAUAGCAUACCGGAAGUUCACUGCUUGCUUUCUAAAUAUUUCGAAGAUUUCUCGGAAUUCGCGGCUAUAUUUUCCUUAAAGUGAUGGCACCCAGGACUCGGAAACCAGUAGCGAAAAGAAGAUCAAAUCAUGUAUCGCGAGAUGAGGAUGGAGUGGAGGAACAUGGGCAAGAACCAAACGAGCAAGAACUGGAAUUGGAAGUCGGUCAACAACCGAUUCAAAAGCGAGUGACGACUCGUAGUACUCGAAGUGCAACUGCCAGUCGUACUGUCCGUUCUGGGAUCCUAGACAAGCUGCAAAUGAUGGAGAAUCAGCAACAACUGCGGCCACAAGUAUUUCCACAAGCUUCUAUGGAGAAAGUGACGGGUUCUAGAACUCGGGGAGCAACUGGAAACCAAAGUGGGUAUCACAGGUUAGAAGAAUUGGAUCAAAUGGAUGGCGAUGGACAACUCCAAAAUGGAGAAGAAGAUGAGAUUCGAAAUGAAGAAGAACACCGAAACCAAGAAACGGCUCCCAGGUCCCAAAGAUCAACUGUUAGUAGAAGACUAAAUCAUGAUUAUCUGGAAGAGGAUGAAAUGGAGGAAUAUGGACAGCAAGACAACGAGCAGUAUACAAACUUGGAAGUCACUGAUGCACUUAAAAAUGUAUUACAGAUCUUGAUGGCUUCUGGUUCUCAAAGAGCGACUACCAAUCAAAACCACGGUGCUUUUCAAGAUAAUCAUCAAAGACGGGAGAACGGGAAUUGGAAAAAUAGGCGACUAGUGCGACCACCAAUCAGUGAACAAGCUUCUGUCAUGGCUCCUACAAUUAGGAAGGCAACUGGAAGCCACUUUGGGUAUCACAGAUUACAAGAUGAGAUCCAAAUGGAAGUAGAUGGACAGCACCAAUAUGAAGAACAACCAGAUUUGCAAAUGACUCGGCAAGUGAUGACUUCCAGUACACGAAGAUCAACUGGGAAAAGAAAAAUAAAUCAAAGAUUAUUAGAUAGGGAUGAAAUAGAGGAACAUGGGCAGCAAGGAAAUGAACAGCCAAACAUGGAAUACACCCAAGAAGUUGAAAGGGCAUUAAAGAUCUUGAUGGCUCCUAGUACUCGCAAAGCAAUUACAACUCUAACUUCCCGAUCUGGAUUUCGAGAAAAUAACCUAAUAAAGGAAAAUGGGCAACCAGAGAAUAGGAAACAACUACAGCCGCAAAACGGUCACCAAGCUUCGGUGAUGCCAUCUAGAACUUGGAAAGCAACUACAAACCAAAGUGGGUGUCACAGAUUACGAGACAAGGAUCAAAUCGAAAGGCAUAGAGAACACCAAAAUGAAGAACAAUCUGAGUUUUUAACGACUCAGCUGACUAAGGAUAAACGAGAGGAACAUGGGCAGCGUGAAAAUAAACAAGCAUCAGAUGUGGAAGUCACUCAAGCGAUUGAAAAUGCAUUGAAGAUCUUGAUGGAACCUAGUACUCGAAGAGCAACCACCAACGAAACUUCUCAUCAUGGAUUCCAAGAUAUCACCCAAGAAGCUUCUAUUUCUGCAGUGAUGCCUCCGAGAUCUCAGAAUGCUACUAGAAACCAAAGUGGGUUUCACAGAUUAGAAGAUGAGGACCAAAUGGAGGGAGAUGAAGAACAACAAAAUGGAGAGUCACCGGAGAUGCAAAAGGCUCAACAAGCAAAUAAUGAAAAAGGAACAGUAAAGCGGGUCCGAGGACCAACUUUAUUGCGUGAAAUUUGGGGAAGGAAUUCAGAUGAUGAGCGCAUCAAAGUUACUUUCAACAAGAGAGGUCAACCUGUUGGCCCCAAUAGAUUGAAAUUUACUGGGUUUUUAGGUACAUUAGCAAGAAAUGGUAAAUAUGCUCCACUUGACAUUGAUGACUGGCGCAAGGUGCCUAAAGAGAACAAGGAUGAGAUGAUAAAGUUUGUUAAGGAGAGGUUUGAAAUUCCCGAAGGCGCGGAACACUGGAUCUUGUUGUCCAUUGGCAGGAAGAGGAGUCAGUGGAAGUCGAGGGUUAAAAUUCAAUGUUUUGAUCCUACAUUGCCAAAAGAUAAUCAAACCCCUAAGCCACCUCCUCGUGUAAACGAAGAGCAAUUGAAGAAAUUGAUGUCAUACUGGGCCAAAGAAGAUGUAAUGGAAGAAUGUGAAAGAAACAAAAUUAGCAGCCAACGAUCGGUUUUGCAUCAAACUACUGGGAAGUUGAGCUUUGCCGAAUUGGAAGAAGAAUUGAAAGAGCGUUUGGGUCGAUCUCCAACACGUGUAGAGAUGUUUGCCGCAUGCUUUACUCAUCGUGAUGGCAAUCCCUCGACUCAUGAAGCUGGAGUUGCACUUGCUCGAAUGAGAGAGAAACAGUCAAACCUGCCUCAAGGUUCAGAAGAUCCUGUCCAGCCCAAUCACUCGUUUGCCAAAGUUAUAGGCCAUGAUCCAUUAGGUAAGCCACGGUUCGGAUUCGGUGCAAAGGGAGACACUCCAAGUCGCGGUGCAUGCUUACAAAUGAUCUCGGAAAGCCAAGCAGCAAUGAGGCGAAUGGAGGAAAGGAUGGAUCAAUUUUCAAAAAUAAUCGAAAGAUUUCAGCCGGAAAAAAUGCAGCCAGAGCAAAACCAAAAUGAUGUUCCUCCUACACGCACACCUAUAUCACCUAAUCAAUCUUCCAACUCAAAUAUCGUAGGAUACAAACUUCAGGUUGGAGAUUCUGUGUGCUUGAAGAGUUUGUUCGAUCCAAAGAAAAUUGUGGCCAAAGGCUGUCUUGAAACUGUAGAUCCGGAUGAAUACGUUGGAGGAAGACGGCUCGGAUCAAACUGGUACGGUGUUCAGAUUUCUGUUCCCAUAGAGUGGGAUGAAGAUUUGAUUAGGCCGUUUUCUAACUUCUCCACAAUCGGAGAAGCAGUAGGAAAUCGCGUCGCAUGGCCUCACCACCUGGUUACUGAUAAAUAAAGAUAUUCAACAAUAACUGACUUCUGAUCAUUUGGUGGAAGGCUAUGAAGAUGAAUCACUACAUUUUGAGGCAUUCUGAUCAUCAUUUAAAUAUUUAUGUCUGAAUUUUGUAAAAAUGGUUUGUGGGAUGUUAAAUUUGAGACCAUAUCUGUUAAA